AUGUCCACCAGGGGACAGCGGAACCUGUCCACCAGGGGACAGCGGGGAACCUGUCCACCAGGGGACAGCGGGUCCAUUUGGACCUCUAGAACCUGUCCACCAGGGGACAGCGGGGAACCUGUCCACCACGGGACAGCGGGGAACCUGUCCACCACGGGACAGCGGGGAACCUGUCCACCAGGGGACAGCGGGGAACCUAACCUGUCCACCAGGGGACAGUGGGGAACCUGUCCACCACGGGACAGCGGGUCCAUUUGUACCUCUAGAACCUGUCCACCAGGGGACAGCGGGGAACCUGUCCACCAGGGGACAACGGGUCCAUUUGGACAUCUAGAACCUGUCCACCAGGGGACAGCGGGUCCAUUUGGACAUCUAGAACCUGUCCACCACGGGACAGCGGGUCCAUUUGGACCUCUAGAACCUGUCCACCAGGGGACAGCGGGUCCAUUUGGACCUCUAGAACCUGUCCACCAGGGGACAGCGGGUCCAUUUGGACCUCUAGAACCUGUCCACCAGGGGACAGCGGGGAACCUGUCCACCAGGGGACAGCGAGGAACCUGUCCACCAGGGGACAGCGAGCAACCUGUCCACCAGGGGACAGCAGGUCCAUUUGGACCUCUUGAACCUGUCCACCGGGGGACAGCAGGUCCAUUUGGACCUCUAGAACCUGUCCACCAGGAGACAGCGGGGAACCUGUCCACCAGGGGACAGCGGGGAACCUGUCCACCAGGGGACAGCGGGUCCAUUUGGACCUCUAGAAGCUGUCCACCAGGGGACAGCGGGUCCAUUUGGACCUCUAGAACCUGUCCACCAGGGGACAGCGGGUCCAUUUGGACCUCUAGAACCUGUCCACCAGGGGACAGCGGGGAACCUGUCCACCAGGGGACAGCGGGUCCAUUUGGACCUCUAGAACCUGUCCACCAGGGGACAGCGGGUCCAUUUGGACCUCUAGAACCUGUCCACCAGGGGACAGUGGGUCCAUUUGGACCUCUAGAACCUGUCCACCAGGGGACAGUGGGGAACCUGUCCACCAGGGGACAGCGGGUCCAUUUGGACAUCUAGAAGCUGUCCACCAGGGGACAGCGGGGAACCUGUCCACCAGGGGACAGCGAGGAACCUGUCCACCAGGGGACAGCGAGCAACCUGUCCACCAGGGGACAGCGGGUCCAUUUGGACAUCUAGAACCUGUCCACCAGGGGACAGUGAG